AGACUUCCGGUGAUUUCCGGUCUGUUAAAGUUGUCACAUAGCUAGCAGCAGGGUUACGUUCUGUGACUGAGCAAAGCAACAGUUGUGGCGUCGUUGUACCAAUUAUAUUCCUUUUUAAAAUGAGAUAAUAUGGAGAGUACAACCACGGAGGCUUGUUCGGUGGACGAGGAGGACUGCUCGGACUCGGAGGUGGCGUGCCUGAUGAGAGUUGGAAAAAAAUCCGAGUGGCUUCGCUUGUUCGAAAACACAGAGGUCACUGUUGGACGUGGGGUGAACGUGACGUACCAACUCCUGUCAGCGAGUUGUCCUCUGAUGAUCUCCAGACUGCACUGCACCUUCAAGAGGAAAGAAGACGGGCAGUGGACAGUGACGGACAAGAAGAGUCUCAACGGCGUGUGGGUCAACGGAAACCGCAUACCCGCCGAUGAAGCCCAUCUCCUCCGGGUCGGAGACUCCGUACAGCUGGGAGUUCCUGUAAUGGGAUCCAGAGUGGAGUUUGACUACAUCCUGGUCCAGCGUCCCCUGAAAGACAUUAAACUCCACCUGGCAAAGACGCACAAAGAGGGAGCCACAGCAGCCCUCAUCACUGCGAGUUCCAAGAGGAAGAUGAGCGUGGAGGAAGACGAGCCUUCUACCUCAAAGCCCAAGCUGUACCGCUGCUCUUCGUCAGACAAGUCUUUAGCGAAAGCCUGCCCUCCGCCUCUAAAGAAGUGCCAGCUGCAACAGAGUCACUCCCAGCCGGAGGAGACCACGUCCAGCAGACGUGUCCAGAAGUCGAGGCAGCGCUCUGAACCUCCCUGUGACGUGGACAACCUACAGAUGUACAGUCAGAACAUUCUGCUGUUACGGCAGCAGGUGGACGACACCCAGAGACGGGUGGCAUCUCUGGGGGGAGAAGACGAGCCGGGCGACCCGCUGGUCCGGGAGCAGGUCCAGGAGCUGCAGAGUCAGCUGGGAACUCUCCGUUCCAAAAUGCACCAGAUGGAGACCUUAAAGAAGUCCUUCAGUGAAAGGAAGUGGCCAGAGCAUCAGAAAUCACAGCAGGAAGAGCAAAUGAGAAAGCAGUUGAACGACGCCUUGCAAGAGCAAAAGAAAGUGAUCGUUGAACACGCCCUUUCUCGACAAGCCUUCGAAAAGAUUCUCUCCGCCAAAAACAAAGAGCUGGAAGCGACGAAAGAGGAGAAGGAAAGGGCGCGGGCUCAGAAAGACGAAGUGGUCACACAAAUGACGGAAGUCCUGGAGAACGAGCUUCAGUGCAUCAUCUGCUCCGAACUCUUCAUCGAGGCGGUCACCCUGAACUGCGCCCACAGCUUCUGCUCCUACUGCAUCAACCAGUGGCGCAAAAAGAAGGAGGAGUGUCCCAUCUGCCGACAGGCCAUCACGUCCCAAAGCCGCUGCCUGGCUCUGGACAACUUCAUCGAGCGCAUGAUGGAGAACCUGAGCCUGGACGUCAAGGAGAAGAGACAAAGCAUCAUCAACGAGAGGAAAGGUGAGCAGGUCUGUGAAAGCAGAAUCCAAUCAGCCAACGCCACGGAGGUGAUGGUGAUCCACGAUGACGACAGCACCAGCGACAGCAGCAGCAGCGACAGCAGCAGCUUGGAGAGCGACGGAAGCAUGCUGUCCAUUUUUAGCAGCUCCAGCUCUGUGUUCACCGUGGAGACGGAAAACAGCGACGAUUUAGAGUUUGAGAUCUCCGACGAUCUUGAAGAUUAACCGUCGCAUGGAAGGACUCCACCCACUGCAAUAAAAGCGCUUGGGAUCUUUAGUUUACACUAAGAACACUUUGGUCUCAUCAUGGGGAAACUUCCUGUUGCUUUUGUUUCUUUUUGUAAAGUUAUUUGUGUAGUUGACUUGUUUUUCAGUGAAAAGAUUAAAGUUUCUUCCUGAUCACUUUUA